GUCACCGCUGGGGCCGGGCAGGGCCGGGGGAGUGCAGGGGACGUGAGGGCGCGAGGGCCGGGACAUGGGGCCCGCCAGCCCCGCCGCUCGCGGUCCAGGCCGCCGCCGGGGCCCGCCGCCGCUGCCGCUGCUGCUGCCACUGUUGCUGCUGCUGCUCCUGCGCGCGCAGCUCGCCGUCGGGAGCCUGGCCGGUGGGAGUCCCGGCGCGGCCGAGGAUCCGGGGUCGGCUCAGGUGGCUGGACUAUGCGGGCGUCUAACCCUUCACCGGGACCUGCGCACCGGCCUCUGGGAACCAGACCCACAGCGCUCUCGACGCUGUCUGCGCGACCCGCAGCGCGUGCUGGAGUACUGCAGACAGAUGUAUCCGGAGCUGCGCAUCGCACGUGUGGAGCAGGCGGCACAGGCUAUCCCAAUGGAGCGCUGGUGCGGGGGUACCCGGGGCGGCCGCUGUGCCCAUCCCCACCACCAGGUUGUGCCCUUCCGCUGCCUACCUGGUGAAUUUGUCAGCGAGGCUCUGCUGGUGCCAGAAGGCUGCCGGUUCCUGCACCAGGAGCGCAUGGACCAGUGCGAGAGUUCAACCCGGAGGCAUCGGGAGGCCCAGGAGGCCUGCAGCUCCCAGGGCCUCAUCCUGCAUGGCUCCGGCAUGCUUUUACCCUGUGGCGCAGAUAGGUUCCGAGGUGUGGAGUAUGUGUGUUGCCCCCCUCCAGUGACCACCAAUCCAUCUGGGACAGCAGUUGGUGACCCUUCCACCCGCUCCUGGCCCCUGGCGGGCAGAACCGAGAGGGGUGAGGAUGAGGAAGAGGAAGAAUCCUUUCUGCAGCCCCUGGAUGAUUACUUCGUGGAGCCCCCUCAGGCUGAAGAGGAAGAAGAGGAGGAAAGGGUCCCACCCACAAGCUCCCAUACUCCUGCAGUGAUCAGCAAAGUCACUCCCACACCAAGGCCCACCGACGGUGUGGAUGUUUACUUCGGCAUGCCUGGGGAAAUCAGUGAGCAUGAAGGGUUUCUGAGAGCCAAGAUGGACCUGGAAGAACGUAGAAUGCGCCAGAUUAAUGAGGUGAUGCGUGAAUGGGCCAUGGCUGACAACCAAUCCAAGAAUCUGCCUAAAGCUGACAGACAGGCCCUGAAUGAGCACUUCCAGUCCAUUCUGCAGACCCUGGAGGAGCAGGUAUCUGGUGAACGACAGCGUCUGGUGGAGACCCAUGCCACCAGGGUCAUCGCCCUUAUCAAUGACCAGCGCCGGGCAGCCCUGGAAGGUUUCCUGGCAGCACUGCAGGGAGAUCCACCUCAGGCAGAGCGUGUCCUGGUGGCCCUCCGGCGCUACCUGCGAGCAGAGCAGAAGGAGCAAAGGCACACACUGCGACACUACCAGCAUGUGGCUGCUGUGGAUCCAGAAAAGGCUCAGCAGAUGCGUUUCCAGGUGCAGACCCACCUUCAAGUGAUUGAGGAAAGGAUGAAUCAGAGCCUGGGGCUCCUUGACCAGAACCCCCAGCUGGCUCAGGAGCUGCGGCCCCUGAUCCAGGAACUUCUUCACUCUGAACAUCCGGGUCCCAAUGAGCUGGAAGCCACUGUGCCUGGAAGCAGCAUCGAGGACAAGGGUGGGCUGCAACCUCUGGAUUCCAAAGAUGCAGAUGCUGCUGUGACCCUUUCAAAAGGGUCCACAGAACAAGAUGCCGCGUCCUCUGGGAAAGAGAAGAUGUCCGCCCUGGAACAGUAUGAGCAAAAGGUGAAUGCGUCUGUCCCAAGGGGUUUUCCUUUUCACUCCUCGGAGAUUCAGAGAGAUGAGCUGGCACCAGCUGGGACAGGGGUAUCCCGGGAGGCUGUGUCUGGUCUGCUGAUCAUGGGAGCGGGAGGAGGCUCCCUCAUCGUCCUUUCUGUGCUGCUCCUGCGCAGAAAGAAGCCCUAUGGGGCUAUCAGCCAUGGAGUGGUGGAGGUGGACCCCAUGCUUACCCUGGAGGAGCAGCAGCUCCGAGAACUGCAGCGGCAUGGCUAUGAAAACCCCACUUACCGCUUCCUGGAGGAACGACCCUGA